CAUGUCCACUGCCAGUCAAAAGCAGCAAGAUCAGCAAAAUAAUUGCUGCUUUCUUCUUCCCAGUGCUCUCUUUAUUAGCCCCAUCAUCUCCCUUUCCUCUUUUUUGUAAACUAGCUCUCCCCCCCUCUCUCUCUCCCACACGCGCGCACACACACACACAGCAAAUUAAUGUCUCAAAUCCUUGCAAAUUCUCCCAAACACUGCGCUAAGCAAGGAUUGAACAUUGACAAGCACUACAAGAAGCUACUGUAUGCAUUCUCUACCGUUUUGCUCUCAAUUCUAUCACUCGUCUUCCUUAUUUGGCUCAUCCUACACCCCACCAAGCCUGAAUUCUCCCUCAAAGACGUCGACGUUUAUCAACUCAAUAUCUCAGGUCCUCACCUUCUGAACUCCUCCAUCCAAUUCACUUUGCUUUCCAAGAAUCCAAACAAGAAAGUUGGCGUCUACUACGACGAGCUACGUGUUUUCGCCACUUACAAGGAUCAACAGAUUACUUCUGACACUUCUCUUCCUCCUUUCUAUCAGGGGCAUGAAGACAGCAACCUACUGACAGCUUCCUUGGUCGGAGGCGGCCUUCCUGUGGCCUCGAGUUUUGGUUAUGAAAUGGGACGUGAUCAGACCGCGGGAAAGAUGGCUCUGAGCAUGAAAAUGAAUGGAAAGCUUCGAUGGAAGGUGGGGACUUGGGUUUCUGGAAGGUACAGAAUUAACAUCAACUGUAUUGCUAUUAUGCCUUUUGGACGUGGCAUGGCAUUUGGUCCACUGAGUUCAAAACAAGGGUAUGAGUGUUCUACUGUGGUUUGAAUUAUGACAGUUUGUUCAGCAUCUACUAGGCUCUUUGUAUGUUUUGUAUUUUUGGCUGUUCUGCUCUUAAUUUUUGAUUUGCUUGUUUGUGUUUCUGAAUUAAUGAUAAAUGAUUGGACUGAAAGUUAAAAAUCAUAAUGAUAAUGAAAAGCUAGUUUGCAUGUGGUGUUUAUUAAUA